AUGGCCAUCAACUGCCCGAAGCAGGCAUCAGCCAACGAAAAUUCUUACCUCGUCUCUCUUUCAUACUACGACACGCAUGGCCUUUGUUCCGGCUAUACUCUAAGGCGCCACAAUUAUGAGUCCGAGACCAAUGUCGGAUGUCAUGCAGCGAGACAAGACUGGAUCAAAUACGUCGGGCCGAUCGAACAAUUUGGAGGGUGUAAUCCGAUCAAUGGCAAUUUCACGGCUGUGGUUCUUCCACUUACGAAGCCGGAGAGACUGCGUCUAAUCUCCUAUGUACUCGAGUGUAAGACUCUCCUGAUUGUCAGUUACCGUCUCCCACAACCAGUUUGCUUACUGUACGUAGAUGCGUUUCUGUACGAUAACAUGAUCGAGCUUGAGAAGCCAGACAUGUCACGACUCAACAAUCACAACGAGCAAGAGUGGAAGAAUACAAACCCGGCACUAGGCAAGACACAGAUCCAAGCAAAGAUUAUGACACAACUCGCGUCCAUGGACAAUUCAUGUACCGAGCGAGUCAAACGUGUGUGGAAGGAGAUGAUUACUACGACUUUACAGGACAAGGACAAGUGUUUCACCACCCUGGAAGAGUAUGUGAACUUCCGCAUGAUUGAUACUGGAGCACCGUUUGUGGAAGCUAUGUUACUAUUCGGCAUGGGUAUGACGCUCACCGAAGAAGAGGACAUUCAGCUCGAGCCAAUUCGCAAACCAUGUUAUGCGGCUCUUGGCCUAGCCAACGAUUUCUUCUCUUUCGAUCGCGAAUAUGCUGAGUUUAAGAAUUCAGCAAACUCGCAGACGCUGACAAAUGCCGUCUGGCUUCAUAUGCAAUGGUACAAUGUCGACGUAGAUAUGGCAAAAAAGAUGACCUUGGAAGCGACGAGCAGAUAUGAAAAGCAAUUUUUGGAGAGCUGCGCGGUAUUUCGGCAGCACAAUGGGCCUUUACCAGAGAAGCUAGACAGGUAUUUGGAUGCGCUAGCUUACCAGGUUAGCGGGAAUGUUGUUUGGAGCCUGAAUUGUCCGAGGUACCAUCCAGAGUACAGAUAUGACCCAAAUACCGGUAUCGAGGACGAAAUGACAGCGGAGUCACUUCCAAAGACUCUUGGUCUUGAAUAUGAUGCUACUAACAUGCUCAUAAUGGAAGACAAGCGGGAUGAAAGCUCUAGGCGUUCAUCCACCGACACAUCCCCUCGAGUCUUCGAAGAUGAUGCUUCCACAACGAGAGAUGACAUCUCGAUCUCUUCUUGUACAACAGCGUCUUCUUCAAUCUCCAACACCAAUGAGAUGACCGGAAAGGAUCUGCUAGGCCCUGAACAUAUCCAGGAACCUUUCAACUACAUCACUUCGCUCCCUUCCAAAGGCGUACGAGACACCUUCAUCGAUGCACUCAACAUAUGGCUUGACGUACCCGAGCCCAUUUCAUCUCGCAUCAAAUCGCUAGGCAACCGUCUACACGCCGCGUCUCUCAUGCUCGAUGACAUCGAAGAUGGAUCCAAUCUCCGACGAGGUCAGCCAGCGACACACACCGUCUUCGGUACUGCACAAACGAUCAACUCCGGAUGUUAUGAAAUACUCCAGGCUGUGAAUGAAGCUCAGCAGUUGGGCGCCGCGGAGGUGAAGAUCAUCCUCGAAGAACUCGCCGAAUUGCACAUCGGCCAAUCUUACGACCUGUUUUGGACACAUCACGGCCAUUGUCCAUCCGAGGAUGAGUAUCUGGAGAUGGUCAACAAGAAGACUGGAGGUCUGUUCAGACUAUUAGCGCGCCUUUUGCUUGUGUCCGCAGACCGUACAUCAUCAAUCCUUGCGAUAGAUACAGAUAUCGAAGAUCUUGUAGGCCUUAUCGGAAUGCAAUACCAGAUCCGGGAUGAUUACCAGAACCUCCAGUCGUCGGAAUACAAAGCUCAGAAGGGGUUCUGUGAGGACUUGGACGAGGGAAAAAUGUCUUUCCCACUUGUUCACGCUUUAAACAGUCACGAGGAUAGUGCUACACUGUGUGAACUUCUUCGACAGAGACGAGAUGUUGGAUGUCUAUCUGAUGAACAGAAAUGGCUUGUGCUGGAGCAGCUUGAUCGAUUGGGAAGCAUGGUGUAUACGCAAGAUACCUUGAAGCGGAUGCAGGGUCAAGUUUACGACCGUGUGAAGAGAAUUGAAAGCCGUACAGGGAGGGAAAAUUGGAUCUUGAGGGCCUUGUUGCAGAGGCUGGAAGUGUAG